AACUAAUGCGGUGUGUGUCUAUUUUCAGAAACACGAGGGGCAUAAUAGACCACCAGUAUGGGGGCCAUGUUCCGCAGCGAAGAGAUGGCUUUAUGCCAGCUCUUCAUACAGCCCGAGGCGGCUUACACCUCCGUGUCCGAGCUGGGAGAAGCCGGCACCGUACAGUUUAGAGACUUGAAUCCGGACGUCAACGCGUUCCAGCGUAAGUUUGUCAAUGAAGUCCGUCGCUGCGAUGAGAUGGAACGCAAACUGCGGUACAUUGAGGCGGAGGUACAUAAGGACGGAGUCCACAUCCCCGCGGUCAAGGAAGCCCCCAGAGCCCCUAACCCGAGGGAGAUCAUCGAUCUUGAGGUGAGAUAUUACCCCGAAGAAGGAUAGACCUUUAAUAAAGGU